UCAUCUACACAUUGUCAAAUCUUGGAUAUCAAUGGAGGCCUACAAAGUUGUCUUUUGUCACUUCUUCUUCCUCAUUCCUCUUCUUUCUUCAGCAGCAUCAAAUAAUUGCUCAACUUCCUAUUGUGGCCGUAGCUUCAACAGAGUCCAAUUCCCUUUCAGGUUAAUCGAUCAGCAGCCUAAAAACUGCGGUUAUGAUGGAUUCGAUCUGCGUUGUGCAAGUCAGAGCACGCUGCUUAUCAACCUCCCGAGCUCUGGUGAGUUUUCGGUAAGGAGUAUUGACUACCGUUCUCAAACUAUUCAAAUUUACGACCCCUUGAACUGCCUUCCCGCUAGACUUCUAACGUUCAACCUCUCUAAUUCACCUUUCUUAGCUUCUAACUUUGAAAACUUCACUCUUUUUAGUUGUCCAAAUGAUGAAAGAUUGGCCAGUUACUAUGAACCCAUUGAUUGCCUCAGUAACACAUCGUUUUCUGUUCUUGCUACUCGUCCGGGGUCUAUGGUGACAUUUAUGACAAGUAACCGGACAGGUUGCUGGAUCAGCGGGCAUUUAAGGGUGCCGCUUGUCCUUUUCCGACGAUAUGAUUCUGAGUUUACAUACCAGCUAGAUGAGGAUAUAACCCUAAAAUGGGAUACCCCUAAUUGUAAGAGGUGUGAAGCAGUUGGAAGCUCUUGUGGUUAUGCGAAUAGUAACACAAAUAUGACAACAUGUUUCUCCAAUCUUUCCGGUUCUCGAAUACGUCCCAGAUUAUUUGGAAUAAUAGUUUUUGCCAUGGCUAUACUGGCCAUGACAGCCUCGGUUGCCAUUGCAUGAUUAUGAAAAUUGUAAUUCAGACAAAAUCGGGGGUUUUGGAUCAUAAGUAAAUAUGAGUCAGAAGCGGAUAUGGGUUAGCUGGUGUUGAAGUCUAUUUUAAGUUUCGAAUAAAAGUUGUUAGUGAAUAUUUCAAAUGUUGGUUGGUUCUCUUGCUUUAUCUUAGGAUAGUUUGUACUUUGUUUAUGUUAUUUUCUGUUGCUUCCAAGUCUAUUUAAGGUUGUUCUUCGUUCAUUAUAACUCAUGCAUGUACAUCAUAGCUCGAUGAGGAUAUAGCUCUAACAUGCACUACGCCUAAUUGUAAGACGUGAAAAAGUUUGUAGUUCGUGUGGUUUUGCAAAUAGUAA